ACAGGAACUUGGGUAACUGCUCGCUCCGCAAUCAUUCAUCUCUUUUAUUUUCUCUCGAUUCUCUCUACGAAGCCUUCCCGUCUUUAGAUCAGAGAACCGGAGAGACCCUCACGCAGAGCGAGACGAUGGUCGAAACCCGGCGGAGCUCUUCCUCCUCCAAGCGCCCCAUCUCGGGGCCCCAAGCCUCGCUUCCUUCAUCCCAUAAGCGAUCUAAGGCAUCUGAGCCGGCGUUCUUUUCCAACAGCGAUUCUUCAGUUUCGGCGCCGCCGAUUGAAGCCCUAAACCCGAACAACGAACCUGAGUCGGAUGUCAGGGGGCCUGAGCCGCAAUCGUCUGAUCCCCGUGUUACUGAUGUGGCUGGGUCUGAGAAGAGUGCCGAUGCUGUUGUCGAGGAGGAUGCCUUGGUGACGCCUGGAGCUCAAGGUGAGGCUGCUGUGGAUGCGGUGAAAUCAGUGCCGGUUGGUGCAGGGUUUAAUGGACGUGGCAAGAAGAGGUCUGCGAAGCAAGCGAAAUUGAGUUCUAAAGUUCCAUGGGGGAGGCUUGUUCCCCAGUGCUCGCAGAAUCUUCACUUGAAUAUGUUUGCGAACACUUUCACUGUUGGUAAUAACCGUCAGUGUGAUUUAUGGCUUAAAGAUCCAAGUAUCAGCAAUAUUUUGUGUAAAGUGAAGCACAUUGAGCGUGAUGGUUCAUCUGUAGCUGUACUGGAUAUCAUUGGCGGCAAGGGUUCUGUGCAGGUGAAUGGAAAGAUUUUCCGUAAAAAUAGUAGUAUACUUCUAAGUGGAGGAGAUCACUUGGUUUUCAGCAGUACCAGCGAUUAUGCUUAUAUUUUCAUGGAGCUCACCAACAAUAAAUUAGGUGGUCCCAGCAUGCCUUCUUCAGUAAGUGUUUUAGAAGCCCAGACUGAUCCAAUGAAAGGGAUUAUUGAAGCAAGAUCAGGGGACCCAUCUGCUGUUGCAGGAGCAACAAUUUUAGCAUCAAUCAAGGAGAAUCCAGAUGUGCCCACUAUACCUUCUGGAUGUGAUGUUUCAGAUGAUUGUAUUCCAGAAGUUGAUAUGAAGGAUAGUGUCAGUAACAAUGACGCAUCUGGUGCUUCUUCAAGGGAGAACACCAUUGCCCCACCAUCUGACGCUGCCAAUGAAAACCAAAACCAUGACGGGCUUGGAUUGGAUGAUAGCAUGGAUGCUGAAAAUGGGAAGCUUCCUGGUGCCGCAUACCAAUUAAAGCCGCUCUUGCAGAUUCUUGCAGGUUCAUCUUCUUCUGAUUUUGAUUUAGGUGGCAUUGCUAAAAUUCUUGAUGACCCAAGGGCAGGACUCCUUAGGGAUUUUGAACGUCCAACAGCUUUGACAUCAACCAGGAAGCAAGCAUAUAAAGAUAGUUUACAAGAAGGAAUUCUCAAUCCCGAAAAUAUAGAAGUCUCAUUUGAAAAUUUCCCAUAUUACUUAAGUGAGACAACAAAGAAUGUUUUGAUAUCUUCCACUUAUGUGCAUUUGAAGUGUAAUAAAUUUGCAAAGUAUGCAUCAAAUCUUCCUACGAUGUCCCCUCGCAUAUUACUUUCUGGUCCUGCAGGGUCAGAAAUAUAUCAGGAGACAUUGGCAAGGGCACUUGCCAAAUAUUUUGGUGCUAGAUUGCUGAUUGUUGAAUCUCUUCUAUUGCCUGGAGGAUCAACCACAAAAGAUGCUGAUCCUCUGAAAGAAUCUGCAAGGCCUGAGAGAGCUUCUGUGUAUGCCAAGCGUUUAGCACAAACUGCUGCAUUACAGCACAAGAAACCAACUUCCAGUGUUGAGGGGGAUAUAAGGGGUGGUUCUACACUGAGUUCCCAACCCCUUCCAAAGCAGGAAGCAUCUACAGCAACAUCAAAGAACCAAACUUUCAAAAAAGGUGAUAGAGUCAAGUUUAUUGGUCCCUCUACCUCUGGACUCCCCUCUUUUCAACCAAUGAGUAGGGGACCAAAUAUUGGGUUUAGGGGCAAAGUAGUUACUUUUGAAGAAAACGAUUCCUCAAAAGUCGGGGUUAGAUUUGAUAGAUCUAUACCUGAAGGCUGUAACCUUGGUGGCCAUUGUGAAGAUGAUCGUGGGUUCUAUUGUCCUGCUAGUUCUCUUUGCUUGGAUAGUUCUGGAAGCGAUGACUUUGACAAGAUUGUUGUUAAUGAACUCUUUGAGGUUGCAUUGAAUGAAAGUAAAAACAGUCCCUUAAUAUUGUUUCUAAAAGACAUAGAGAAAUGUAUGCUGGGAAGUCAUGAUGUGUAUAUUGCCUUAAAGAGUAAGAUUGAUAAUUUGCCUACAAAUAUUGUUGUAAUCGGCUCCCAUACUCAGAUGGAUAAUCGUAAAGAAAAGUCACAUCCUGGUGGUCUUUUGUUUACGAAGUUUGGAGCCAACCAGACUGCUUUACUUGAUCUUUCUUUUCCGGAUAAUUUUGGUAGACUGCAUGAUAGGAGCAAAGAAAUGCCCAAAACAAUGAAACAAAUUACUCGUCUUUUCCCCAACAAAGUAGCAAUACAGUUGCCUCAGGACGAAGUUUUACUUUCGGACUGGAAACAGCAUUUGGAGCGUGAUAUGGAAACACUUAAAGCACAAUCAAACGUUGUCAGCAUUCGCUCAGUUCUCAACAGAAAUGGUCUGGACUGCCCUGACCUUGAAGCUUUGUGUUUGAAAGAUCAAACUCUUACUGCUGAGAAUGUGGAGAAAGUAGUUGGAUGGGCACUAAGUCACCACUUCAUGCAUUCUUCAGAACCGUUGAAAGAUGCUAAACUUGUUAUUUCUACUGAAAGCAUUAAGUAUGGGCUGAACAUUUUGCAAGGCAUGCAAAGUGAAACCAAGAGCUUGAAGAAAUCACUGAAGGAUGUGAUCACUGAGAAUGAGUUUGAGAAGAAACUUCUUGCUGAUGUUAUACCACCAAGUGAUAUUGGAGUCAGUUUCGAUGAUAUUGGAGCCUUAGAAAAUGUGAAAGAUACCUUGAAGGAAUUAGUGAUGCUUCCUCUUCAGAGGCCUGAAUUAUUCUGCAAAGGACAGUUAACAAAGCCCUGCAAAGGAAUAUUACUCUUUGGCCCCCCCGGUACUGGAAAAACAAUGCUAGCCAAGGCUGUUGCAACUGAGGCUGGUGCAAACUUCAUUAACAUAUCUAUGUCCAGCAUCACUUCAAAGUGGUUUGGUGAAGGAGAGAAGUAUGUCAAAGCUGUUUUCUCUUUGGCCAGUAAAAUUGCGCCAAGUGUUGUUUUUGUUGAUGAGGUUGAUAGCAUGUUAGGACGACGGGAAAAUCCUGGUGAACAUGAGGCCAUGCGUAAAAUGAAGAAUGAAUUUAUGGUGAAUUGGGAUGGUCUACGAACAAAGGACAAGGAACGAGUGCUGGUUCUUGCUGCUACAAAUCGGCCUUUUGACCUUGAUGAGGCAGUUAUCAGGAGGCUUCCUCGAAGAUUGAUGGUUAAUUUGCCAGAUGCUCCAAACAGAGAGAAGAUUCUGAGAGUUAUCCUGUCUAAAGAGGAACUGUCUCCUGAUGCUGAUUUGGAAGCUGUUGCAAAUAUGACUGAUGGGUACUCGGGUAGUGAUCUAAAGAAUCUGUGUGUUACUGCUGCUUAUUGUCCGAUAAGAGAAAUUUUGGAGAAGGAAAAGAAGGAGAAAGCAUCAGCAUUAGCUGAGAAUAGAUCUUUGCCUUCCUUACAUAGCAGUUCCGAUGUUCGUCCUCUAAAGAUGGAUGAUUUUAGAUUUGCACACGAGCAGGUAUGUGCAAGUGUGUCGUCGGAGUCUGCAAAUAUGAAUGAGCUUCUCCAAUGGAAUGAACUAUAUGGAGAAGGUGGAUCAAGAAAGAAGAAAUCUCUGAGCUACUUCAUGUAAGAGGAGGAGUUACCUUGUGUAUAGCCUGCCAUAUUCCUUUUUCAGUUCAUUCAUGGUUGCCACUACAAAAAGUGGCCAAGAAAAAUGAUGAGAGACCUCCUCAUGGAAUUCCAUUGCAGGUCCCAACUCUCCCAACUCUCUUGUAUUUAUAUAUAUAGGUUUUCCUUAAUUCUUUUUUUUUUUUUUUAACAUUUCUGUUAGGAUUUUUACAAUUUAAUCGGGCAGUUUACUUAAUUU